AUUUUUAUAAUCGGAAUACCGAUAUAAUACUAAUAUUUAUUUCGGUUUUUGAUAAUAUAUCGAUUUUCGUAUAGCCUUGAUGACAAUACCUGUAUUAAAUCCUUGAUUAAGACGAUAUGUAAGCCAAUGUAAGCCUCAUUUCUCGAGCGCGUGUUGGGCAAGUCCGUGCGUUGUAAGAAAUUAAAUUGUGUUUUGAAGCGUUCAACGAAUCUUUAAGGAAGAACGUCACGAGAAAUUAUUUUGAAGACAAAAGCAACGAAGUUUCUCAUAAACUUGCGUACAAACUUUGCGAUUAACACAAUUUAUCAAACGUGAAUAUCUAAUCGAAAAUGACGGCACUAAUGGCGAGCGGCGAUGGACGAAGUGCUCUUGGUCAAGCAUAUAAAGAUAAAACCAAGCCCACCGAUAUUCGAACUAGCAACAUUAAUGCUGCAAAAGCUGUCAGUGAUGCAAUUCGUACUAGUUUGGGUCCUAGAGGAAUGGAUAAAAUGAUCCAAGCAGGCAAUGGCGAAGUUACAAUUACAAACGAUGGCGCUACAAUUCUAAAAGAAAUGAAUGUUGUACAUCCUGCAGCAAAAAUGCUGGUUGAAUUAUCAAAAGCACAAGAUUCAGAGGCUGGAGAUGGUACUACUAGCGUUGUUGUAAUUGCUGGUGCUUUCCUGGAAGCUGCAGAACGUCUGUUACAAAAAGGAAUACAUCCUACGUUAAUUAGCGAUGCGAUUCAGAAAGUUGCAAAUGAAACUGAGCUCAUAUUAUUCUUUAUGUCCACUCGUUUUUCUGUGGAAAAGGAAAAUUUGUUGGUUCAAGCUGCAGAAACUUCACUAAACUCCAAAGUAGUUUACCAACAAUCUAGUCUCUUAGCACCUCUAGCCGUGAAUGCAGUAUUACGAAUUACUGAGGAGGGAAACGAGAAGAGCGUCGAUCUUAAUAAUAUAAAAGUAAUAAAGAAGUUAGGCGGCACCGUUGAAGAUACUGAGCUUAUAGAGGGAUUGAUAUUUACUCAAAAAUGCUGUAAUAUCAAUGGCCCAAAACGUAUUGAAAAGGCAAAAAUAGGUUUAAUUCAAUUCUGCAUUUCUCCGCCUAAAACGGAUAUGGAUCAUAACGUCAUCGUAUCCGAUUAUGCUGCAAUGGAUCGUGUUUUGAAAGAAGAAAGAGCUUACAUACUGAACAUUAUAAAACAAAUUAAAAAAUCUGGUUGCAAUGUACUCUUAGUGCAAAAGUCCAUUCUCCGCAACGCUAUCAGCGAUUUGGCUAUACACUUUUUAGAUAAAAUCAAAGUUAUGGUUAUCAACGAUAUUGAACGCGAGGAUAUUUCAUUUAUUUGUAAAACAUUAGGUUGUAGGCCAAUUGCAUCGUUGGAUCAUUUCGUCGCAGAAAAUCUUGUCAAUGCAGAAUUAUGCGAAGAAGUUCAAACUGGAAAUUCUAAAUUUGUUAAGAUUACGAAGAUUCAGAAUCCUGGACGGACUGUAACUGUUAUUGUACGAGGUAGUAACAAAUUGGUUUUAGAAGAAGCAGAACGAUCAUUACACGAUGCAUUGUGCGUAGUUCGUUGUUUAGUAAAAAACAGUGCUUAUAUUCCUGGAGGAGGAGCACCUGAAAUUGAGCUUGCAGUGAAAUUAGGAACGUAUGCUCAAACUUUAAGCGGCAUUGAUGCUUACUGCGUUAAAGCUUUCGCUAAUGCAUUUGAGAUAAUUCCGUCGACAUUGGCAGAAAAUGCAGGAUUAAAUCCCAUUGCGACAGUGACGGAACUCCGGAAUCGACAUGCUCAAGGCGAAGCUACUGCAGGUAUCAGUGUACGAAAGGGUGAGAUUGCUUAUAUGUUACAGGAAAGCAUAAUUCAACCGACUUUAGUUUCUCUGAGCGCCAUUACGCUUGCUUGUGAAACUGUUCGUAGUAUAUUAAAGAUCGAUGAUAUUCUGAACACAAACCAAUAAUAAUAUUCAAUGCUAAUUUUAUACUCAAACUGUAUUGCAAAUGUUUUUUAUUCAUCGCGAGAUGCCAAUCACGUUUUGAAUAUAUGUUCGGCUUCUAGUUUUUUUUACUAUUUAAUAAACUUAAAUGGUUGAAUCGGUCGAUGGUCUUCACAUUUUUGUUACUGUGUUUCGUAAUAAAAUUGAUCUGCUUCUACAAAAAAGUUUGUUUAAUAUUCGCUUUUUAUAGCCGGUAACAUUGUUAUACGGUCUUCGCUAAAUUAUUAAGGUUAAGGAUAUAAUAAUGUAAUAUUUUGAAGCAAAAAUAAAAAAUAAUUAUUGUAGUGCUCGAUUAUAUGCAGAGAAACCCGCUCGGAGAUUGACAUAUACAUAUUUGGGGUUGGGCACAAAUCAAUAUUUCUUAUCUCGAGAUGAGAUCCAACUGCGUAUGAACUAUCUAAUGAAAAAAAUGAAUGAGAUACAUUAGGAAUGAAUGCGAUAGCAAACGUGUCUUAUUUUAUGGAUGCUCAGUCGUUGAUAUUCAAAUUGAGACAGCCGCUAAUUCAAACGAAAAAUUUCUAUAGUUCUUAUUAUAUGUUCACAAGAGUAUUAUCGGCGAGGUUUUCUUGAUUAAAAUGAGUUUAAACUCAAAGUAGAAAGUAGAGGAUUCUUCAGGUAUGAUUCGAAGAACGUGUAAUUAAAAAGAGUCCGAAUAUAGUCACGUUUAGUUUGAUUUUAAUCGGGCAUUCGGUGAUACCGUUUUGAAUUUUGCCUAGCAGCGUUUUGUUUUAAUAGCUACUAACCUCUUAAGCUAAAGAAACAAUGAUAAAGGUGAUUCUUUUGCACAUAUUCGGGAUAAAAUCGUCGUAUAUAGUCGAG